AUGGGUCCCCGCACAGUUACUCCGAUUGACCAGAACUGGCAGUUCAAGCAGGCGAAUGACGACGAUGCCUCUUACUUAUCCGUCGCCCAGUUCCCGACAAAUGUUCAUCUAGACCUUCUGCACCACGGCAAGAUCCCUGAUCCUUUUAUUGGCAAGAAUGAGAAUGAGGUUCAAUGGAUUGGCGAGACCGACUGGGUCUACAGGACUACUUUUGCAAGCCCUAAAGUCGCCGAUGGCGCGAGGGCAGUUCUGGCCUUUGAUGGUCUCGACACUUUUGCUACCGUGAAGCUGAACGGCACCAAGAUUCUGGAGACGGACAAUAUGUUUACUUCGGAUCGUGUAGAUGUCACCGAGACCCUCAAGAGUGAUGGCGAGAACGAGCUUGUUAUCACGUUUGACAGCGCCUACCUAAAAGGCUGGGACUUGGUGGAUGAACAUCCGGAGCACAAGUACCGUUGCUGGAAUGGCGACUUUUCGAGACUGCCUGUCAGAAAAGCGCAAUACCACUGGGGCUGGGAUUGGGGCCCUGCCUUGCUCACUUGUGGUCCAUGGAAGCCCAUUAAUCUGGAAGUUUACGAAUCUCGUAUCUACGACCUGUACGCUCAGGUUGAAGUUGAGGAGUCGCUCAAGACUGCCACAGUUGUUGUCCAUGCAGAAGUCGAGGGGAAGGCAUCGCAGGCUCAGUUUGUUGUAACCCUCGAUGGAAAAGAGGUUGCAUCAACAACCACCGAUGUUCAGGACAAGAAGGUGUCGACGACAUUCCACAUUCAAGAUCCUGCCCUCUGGUAUCCUAUCAGAUACGGAAAGCAGCCCCUAUACACUAUCCAGGCUAUGCUGCUUGAAAACAAGACCGAGAUUGACACUACCACCAAGAAAAUCGGUCUUCGCAAAGUUGAGCUCGUCCAACACGAACUCGAAGGGCAGUCUGGCACCAGCUUCUUCUUCCGAGUCAACAAUAUUCCCGUCUUUUGCGGUGGAAGCAACUGGAUUCCUGCUGACAACUUCCUCCCUCGCAUUUCCAAGAAGAGAUACUAUGACUGGGUCAACCUUGUGGCAGAGAGCAACCAGUUCAUGAUCCGCGUCUGGGGCGGAGGCAUCUUCGAGUCAGACUUCUUUUAUGAUGCAUGCGACGAAGCCGGCAUUCUCGUCUGGCAGGACUUUCUAUUUGGAUGCGGAAACUAUCCCUGCUGGUCUGAGCUGCGCAAGUCGAUUGACCGUGAAGCCCGAGAGAACAUCAAGCGGCUGCGCCAUCACCCUUCCAUUGUCAUCUGGGCUGGCAACAACGAGGAUUAUCAAAUUGCAGAGUCAGAAAAGCUCACAUACAACCCCGAAGACAAGGAUCCUGAGAGCUGGCUGAAGACCGACUUCCCGGCUCGUUACAUCUACGAAAAGAUCCUUCCAGAGGCCUGCAGCGAGGUUAACCCUGGUUCCAUAUAUCACUUUGGUAGCCCUUACGGUGGACAUGACACUACUGAUCCUACCGUUGGAGAUAUCCACCAAUGGAAUAUCUGGCACGGCGCUCAGAGAAGAUAUCAGGAUUUCGACAAGCUCGUUGGUCGAUUUGUGUCCGAGUUUGGCAUGGAAGCUUUCCCAAACAUCAAGACUAUCGAUUCCUACCUUCCCAAGGGCAAAAAAGACCCCGAGAGAUUCUACAGCUCGUCCACUAUUGACUUUCACAACAAGGCCGACGGCCAAAUCCGCCGCCUAGUCAUUUACCUGGCUGAGAACUUCCGCUACACCCAGGAGCCGCUUGAAUACUACGUCUACUGCACUCAGCUAAUGCAAGCAGAGUGUCUCGCAUCGGCAUAUCGACUCUGGAAGCGCCAGUGGCAGGGUCCCAACAAAGAGUAUUGCAGCGGCGCCCUGGUCUGGCAAAUCAAUGACUGCUGGCCUGUGACAUCUUGGAGCAUUUGCGACUAUUACCUGCGACCAAAGCACGCGUACUACACCAUCAAGCGCGAGAUGGCCCCAGUGACGAUCGGCAUGACGCGUACUGAGCAUCAACACCCCAGGAGCAAGCACACGCGGGUGGAUAUUGAUACCAAGAUCCAAGUUGAGAUCUGGGGCAGCAACCUCGAGCUUGAAGAUGUGACGGCAGACUGCGUCGUCAAGGCCUGGGAUAUCGAGACUGGAAAGGAGACUUACUCCAAGACUGUGUCUCCAUCCUUUAUACUCCCGAGCAACCGCUCAACCGAGAUUGCAACUCUGGAGGUGCCAGUUGAAACACCGAACGCUGGCCUCGAAGCCCGUACUGUUGUGGCUUCAUACCUCUACCAGGAUGGCAAACAAAUCGCACGCUAUGUGAACUGGCCAGAGCCACACAAGUAUUCGCCGCUUCAGAAGCCCAAGAACCUCCGGGUUGAGCUCGUUGGCGGAGCCAGCGCCGUAGAGGUAAGUGCCGAGGUGCCAGUCAAGGGACUUGCACUGGAGUGCGAGGAUGAUGGAGUCCGGUUUGCCGACAACUUGGUGGAUCUUGUCCCAGGCGAGAUUGUGCGCAUCGGAGUAAAGGGGGCGGUGGAGGCGACUGUCAUCACCACGCAGUAUUUGGGGCUGCACUACUAA